CGCCACUUCAUGGCGCCCUUCCUGCAAGCAGGAUUGUCGUCGUUGAAGGUGCCAUAACUUCAACGCACCCAGACCACACAUCAUUGUUGCGAGAGAGGGAUCUUAGACGGGUGCCAUUCAUAUCUAGACAUCCCAACGAGCUUACCAAGCUUCCUAAGACCUGGCCACUAUGCGUCGACUUCUGCAGCUUGUCGGGUGUGUGGCGGCUGUGCUGCUAGGGGCGACGGAUUCCACCGUUGCUGCCGAAUCGCGCUGCUUCGCGGACGACUUCCUCUUUGGGUCGGCCACGGCUUCGUACCAGGUCGAAGGUGCAGUGAACGAAGGUGGUCGCACACCGAGUAUCUGGGACCAAUUCUGUCGCGAACGACCGGGCGUUAAAUGUGCCAAUGUGGCCGACGAUUUCUACCACCGAUACAAGAGCGACAUCCAAUUGAUGGUGAAGAUGGGGCUGCAGAGCUUCCGCUUCUCCAUCUCAUGGUCACGAGUUAUGAAUUGGGAUUCAGCGCUGCACGGCAUGCGUCCGAACCCGGAUGGUAUCGCGUUCUACCACGCGCUAAUCGACGAGUUGAAUGCGAAGAACAUCAAGCCCAUUUUGACACUGUAUCACUGGGACUUACCACUGGAGCUCCACACAGAGCUGUCACCUCAAGGUUGGCUUAACUCGGACAUCGUCCAGCACUAUGCAGAGUACGCGAUGCUCAUAUUUCAUGAGUACGGGAGCAAAGUGGAUCUCUGGACUACAUUCAACGAGCCACUGUCCUUCACGACCGCAGGCUACGCUACCGGUAGGGAGGCUCCAGGCUUCACUGGUUCACCGACUCAAGUGUACACUGCCACGCACAAUGUGCUGCUCUCUCACGCGAGAGCGGUCCAGCUAUUCCGUGAGCUGAAAAACUCUCAUGUUAUCAACGACAAAGCUCGGAUUGCUAUUGUGCUAAAUGCUGACUACGCAUACCCUCUGGACGAGUCAAAUCCGGACGAUGUGGAGGCAGCUUCGCGUAAAAUGGAGUUCGACGUGGGCUGGUUCCUCUCUCCGAUUGUUAGUGGAGACUACCCGUCCGUCAUGCGUGAAGUUGUGGGCGACCGUCUCCCACGAUUCACUCCAGAGGACACUGAACUGUUGAAAGGAUCAUACGAUCUCUUCAUGCUCAACCACUACUCGACGCGUGCAGCAACAGACUGUGGCUCGAGUGUAUCAAAGACAGAGUGCAGUAAGCUUGCAAUUGGCUGGCAGCGCGACCGUGGCGUUGAUAUAUCUCAAACAGUUCCGGGCACGAGACCACGUAGUGAGAAGGCUCUGAAAGACUCGCACUGUGCUUCAUUCACUGCCUACCCUCCUGGAUACCUUGAGACUAUCAAGUGGCUUCACAAACAUGACACAUCCGCCGAUAUCCUACUCACCGAGAACGGAUGGUGUGGAGAUGAUGAGAUCGACAACCCCGAUCAACUAUGGUACUUCCAGGCCUACUUGGAGCAAGUGCACAAGGCCAUCACGGAAGAACACAUCCCCGUUAUCGGAUACACAGCCUGGUCUUUCCUUGACAACUACGAAUGGGGGUCGUACGAGUCGCGCUUCGGUCUGUACUAUGUCAACUACACGUCUGAGUCGGGAUCUCCCGAUUUCUACCAGCCGAAGCCUUCCGAUCUGGCUCGUAUUCCUCGUCCGUCGGCCAAGUGGUUCCAGAAAGUGGCGACGUCCAAGUGUCUGAAUGCGGACGAAACUUCAGCAACAACCACCAAGACCCAUGAGAGUGGUGGUCACAGUCACCACGUGUGGCGCUGGCUGUUCGGCAUCGUGGCGAUCGCAGCAGUGGGUUUCGUAGCGGUGGUUGUGCUGGUGUUCUUUGUUGGACGUCGCAUUUGGCGUCACUUCCGUGGUCACGAUGGUGCUGCUGGUGAAGGAACGCCUUUGCUUUAGGCAGUCUGCUAAGCCAGAUCACUACUACACGUUGUAGCCGUUUGAGUGAAAGUGAUAUACUACGUAGUAUCACUGAUAAUCGAGGCGACCAGGUAACUUUGAAGUACGACCUUAGUUUUCAAAAAGUGUUGUUUUUGGUAACGAAAAAUGAAAAUUAGAGGUGUUGUUGCUUGUCUGGCAAGCGCACUAGCGCUGACUUAACGCGCC